UUAGGCCUAUAACAUUAGAGGUGUUUAAAAAAAUAAUCAUGGACACCUAUGAUGUCAUUGCGAAUCAGCCUGUUGUGAUUGAUAAUGGAUCAGGUGUUAUCAAAGCAGGGUUCGCAGGAGAUCAAGUUCCAAAAUGUCAUUUUCCAAAUUAUAUUGGUCGACCGAAGCAUAUUCGAGUAAUGGCUGGUGCUCUUGAAGACUCAUUAUUCAUUGGCCCGAAAGCUCAGGAACACAGAGGAUUGCUCAGCAUUAGAUAUCCAAUGGAACAUGGGAUUGUAACAGAUUGGAAUGAUAUGGAGCAUAUAUGGCAAUAUAUUUAUUCAAAAGAUCAGCUUCAAACUUUCCCAGAAGAACAUCCUGUUUUAUUAACAGAAGCUCCAUUAAAUCCUAGAAAAAAUCGUGAUAAAGCAGCAGAAAUGUUUUUUGAGACUUUUAAUGUUCCCGCUUUAUUUGUUUCCAUACAAGCUAUUCUUUCAUUAUAUGCGACUGGUCGAACUACCGGUGUUGUUAUAGAUGCCGGCGAUGGAGUCACACAUGCUGUGCCUAUUUAUGAAGGCUUUGCAAUGCAACACUCAAUGGAAAGAAUUGAUUUGGCUGGCCGUGAUGUCACCAGAUUUCUUAGAAUGUUACUGAGAAAAGAAGGUCACAAUUUCAAAACAACAGCAGAAAAUGAAAUUGUAAAAACAAUCAAGGAGAAGGCAUGCUAUCUUGCACAAAAUCCCCAGAAAGAGGAAACUGCAGAAUUAGAGAAGAAAGCUUAUGUAUUACCUGAUGGAAGCACAAUAGAAAUUGGUACAGCUAAAUUUAGAGCUCCGGAGGUUCUAUUCCAACCAGAUUUAAUUGGCGAGGAAUGCCACGGCUUACACCAAGUUUUAUGUUUCUGUAUUCAAAAAUGUGACAUGGACUUGCGUAGAACAUUGUAUCAAAAUAUUGUGCUAUCAGGAGGCUCAACAUUGUUCAAAGGGUUUGGAGACAGAUUACUGUCAGAAGUCAAGAAGUUGGCACCAAAAGAUAUCAAAAUACGGAUUUCUGCACCACAAGAAAGAUUAUAUUCAACAUGGAUCGGAGGAUCAAUUCUAGCUUCCCUUGACACUUUCAGAAAAAUGUGGGUCAGUAAAAAAGAAUAUGAAGAAGAUGGAAGCAGAGCUGUUGCCAGAAAAAUGUUCUGAUUUGAACGAUAUAUCCAGUCUCAUGAAAGUGGAGAGAUGAUGCAGUAGGCCGAAGUAAUCAUUACCUAUGUGUCAUUACCUUACUGUUUUAGAAAAUGAAUGUCCAUUAUUACACAUCAAUAAUCCUAGUGAAAUUUAUGCUGAGGUGCUUAAAGUACUAUUUUGCAGUCCUAUCUUGUGCCCACAUCAACAUAUUCUAAAAUUCAACCUCGAAUAAAUUUUGGAUUUCUAUUUUUCCGGAAAAUUUUAAUAAAUGUGUUAGAUUUUUUUCUUCUCAAUUUGACAAAAAAGCAAAAUCAAAUAAAGAUUUAAACAAGUAAUUUCAGUCCAAUUCUUUGAAUACCCCUAUACUCUGGUUUGCAACGUAUAAAUAUACAACUUCGCUUUUUUUAACUUUAGUACAUUUUGGUUUGUUGGUUUCUUUUUGUUUUGUAUUGAUAGCUAGAUGUCGGAGAAAAUGUUUUGAAGUGCCACAGCUAUGGUAAACAAUUGAAUACACAAUUGAAAAAUGUGACUGAAAUAAGUAAAUUACAUUUUUUGGAUUAGUACUACAAAAUAGCGCACACAUUAUAAAAUUCUAAAUAUGCUUUUGCAACCAACGUACCAACUGGUGUGACAAAACAUUUUUUCUAAAUUGUAUGUGUGGACAAGUGUAUAUGUUUUAAAACCAUGACUAGACUUUAAAAUACCCAGUCAGCAUUUUCUUUCUUGGUCAUUGACGAAUCCCGCUUACAUUAUGAGAUUAUAGUGGUGUAUUAUACCGUACUCUAUUAGACGACCUUUCAGUAAAGUGAACUUCACUGUAUAGUGAAAGUACACCGCAGUUUUGAAGAAAUUCAAUCCCAGACCCUAAAAAAAGUCAGGCAUCUAAAUAAAGGCACUUGCAUAAAAACUAAGUAUGGUAUAAACAUCGAUCAAUACUGUCAGGUUUAUACAUCUUCGAACCAGAGAACGAACUUUACCAAGGCUCAUCACAUGCAGCGUGAUGUAUCAAAAAUACCGCAACCCUAAUAAUUCAUAGAACUGAUGAGGCAAAUUUGAACUAAUUGCUACUAAUUUUACCAGUGGUAUCCAAUUAAAAAAAAAACUGUUAAUUUGAAGUUGAGUAGAAUAUUUGGGAAAAGUGAGACCACACCUAUUAUAUUGGUCAGAUUCAUAAUGUGGACAUUUCAUUCAUGUUUCCUUCCAAUUCAUUUUUCUUGAAGUUUAUAUUGUCAACAACUUUUUUAACCAGACCAGAGAAUUGUUCAGCAAAAAAUUUAGACAUUAGGCAGCUCAAUUUGCUACUGAAUCUUUUUGUGUAUUUAAAAUGAUAUUAAAGUGGCCAGUCUAGGUUUAAAAUCUCAUGUCUUCGCACUGCACUUACUAAAGAUUAGAUUAUGUUCAAACAUAUUGUUCCAUAUUUUUCUUUGUCAUACUAAUCUUCAUUUAACACAUUUAUUCAAUUAGCUAUUCUCUUUGAAGUUUCAAUGGAUAUGUGAAUUCUAAUUUGGUGAUUUCCAUGGUUUAGUUAGCAGUCACAAUAUGUUAUUGCUAAAUUGUGUAUGGAUGAAUUGCAUGAAGUAACGUAACUAUGAAGUAUAUUAUAUUUAUUUGUUUAUGAAAGUACAAUGACUAAAAUUGUCCAAAUAUGAAA